UAAAAAGGUUAUCACUAAUGGUGAACGCUUCCUUCGGUCUAGGUGAUCGACAUAUCGUCACCAUCAACCAUCUUCCAUUUCGGCCGCCCGUCCAUCGCCGUCAACGGCGUUGUUCUCUGCAGCGCCCACCUCCUGCUGCACAUUGUCUAUUACACCUAGACGCUGAAAUAAUCUCCAAUUGCCGUCAUUUCCGACUCUCAACUCAGCUAGACAGCUCUGAAGAUGUCACCUCUUACUGCUGACAGAACUGAAGAAUUUUAUUGCUCAUUUUGACUGACUAUGAUGGCACUUUCGUGGAAUGCUUUUCAUGAAGAUUGCAUAUUUGCGUUAGAUAAGUGUGGGUUAUUUCAAAAUGGUAUGCAGUGCCUGAAUUUUAAUUAACAUGAUUAUCAAUGUAGGGGGGAAUGACAUUUUAACUACACAGAGUCACAGACUGUAUAGACACGAUUUAGAUGAAGAGUUCGAACCCCAACCUCAGGCUCAGGUUUCUUGGUGAUAAUGGCAUCACAGUUUAUCCUCUCUAUCGUUGUACAUUUUUUGAAGUUGGAGAAUUAAUAUCAGAAUUACAUAUGUGAACCAAUUGAGGCAUGCGUAGUGAUGACUGAUGAUACCAUUGAUUCUGGGAUGGAGCCUCUGACAAGCUCUACUAAUAACAAUGGAAGUCGACCAAGACAGAGUGAAAACACGGAAGUUCAAUAUGAUAUUUCUAAUAGUAGUGAUGAUUAUUUGAUGGACCAAGAAUAUGUGGUUGCUGAAAAAUCUUGGAUCAAUGAAACAUCGGAUACUUUGUUGGAAGGUUGCUUGAAGAAACCAUUCGACUUCCUGAUCAAGAUGCCAAAGUUCUAUGAUGAAAUGCUGAGAGAGCAGAUCAGACUUGCACAGCUAUAUGUUGAUGAGAUGACUCGAAGUAGGGAUGCUAUUUGCCAGGAGAUAAUAAAGAAGAGAGAAAAUUGCCAACAUUAUGGUGUUGAAUUUGAAGCUGCCAAAACUGAGGAGAGAGCUGCAAGAAAACAAAUCAGGUCAAAGCGCGCUGAAAUUGAGAAUCUUCAGAUUGCAAUAAAUAGAGUAAAGAAUGCAAUUUCUAUUGAGGACAUAGAUGCAAGAAUAUGUAGCAUGGAACACAUGAUACAUCAUGAAUCUCUUCCUUUAAUGAAAGAAAAUAAUUUAAUUCGUGAAAUUAAGCAACUGAAGCAACUGCGAGAUCAAUUGUCAUCCAACAUAGGUAGCUGUGUUGAAGUGCAGCAGGCUCUGGAUAAUAGAGCCCAAAUUGAGGAGAAUUUAAAGAUUUUGAAAAGAGAGCUUCAUAAUCUUAAGAACAAGGUCUCAGAAGUUGAAGCAGUUGUUGUAGCAGUAAGUUUAAGAUAUGAAGAAGAAAGCAAAAUGCACAAGGAAUUGCGAGAUCAGUAUAAGGCUGCCAAUGAACUUCGCCAAGCUGCACGUGGAAACUUGCAGAAUUUGAGAAAGGCACUAUAUGAGAAGAACAAGCACUUCCGCAUGUACAAAGAUGACUCAAUCACUGCCAGUAAACUUGCUGCAAGCAAAGACACUGAGACUCUACAUCACCUAUGUGCCAAUCAGGUCGAGAAGUUUAUGGAUCUCUGGAAUGGGGACGAAGAGUUUCGUAAAGAAUAUGUGCGAUCCAACAUGCGAAGCACAAUUAGGAGAUUCGGAACUUUGGAUGGUCGCUCUCUUGGUCCUGAUGAGUCUCCACUUGUGCUUCUUCCGGUUUAUGAUGUAGCUGAAAGAACUCGUAAGCUAGGUUCCAAAACGUUAGAAGUUGAUUUGGUCUCCCCAAACAGGGCCAGAAAUCCCACAGUGAAAGUUGCAGGGAAUGAGACUGAAGAUCAGGAAAUAGUGACGUGUAAUUUGGAGAAUGUGGACACUGGAUCAGGUUGGGAGGGGAGGAAAGACGGCAAAGCUGAAGACGUACAAACAAAGGAGGAAUUAGAGCUUGCUUGGAAAGAAGAGGGACUUAGAAAGCUUGAGAUUGCUGUUAGACUGAAAGAGCAACGGCGGUUAGAGGAGAUCAUCAAGGGCAAGGAAGCACUGGAAAGGAAAAAGCGAAAUGCGGAGAAGGCUCAAUUGAGGGCUGAAUUACGAGCUCAGAAGGAAGCAGAACAAAAAGAGAAGGAAAGGGAGAAGAGACUGAGAAAAAAGGAAAGAAAGAAUGAAGGUGGUCCAAUUGGCGAUGUGAUGAGAAGUGGUAUUGACAUGAAAGAGAACGAAAGUAGGGAAGCGGCUAUGGACGAGUGUGGUCAAGCUGCUGCUGCUGGUGGUGGUAAAAAAACUCAUCAGUGCACAAAGCAAAGCAAAACGAAAUCUACCCCUCUCCCACCACUUAGAAACAAAAGCAAGAGGAGAUUGCAGCAGUGGCUGCGGAUUAUUCUCACAUCCAUCGUUGUGAUCGUUUUGUUCCUGCUGGGAAACAUUGGUUUCUUUGCCAGUCUUAAGCAACGCCAAAAUGUGCCAUAGUCUCUUUUCUAUGAAGAUCUGGGCUGGUGGGGUCUGACAGCGUUCCAAGCUAGUUACUUUAAGAUUUAUACACAGAUUUUUAUUUGAUUCUUGAAUAAUCCUAGUUGUUUGGGAACGCAGUUCUGUUUCAUUCUUUGAGGACUCAAUCUUAUUCUUUGAACGACUUAAACACAAAAUAACAAUACAUUACAUCGAGGUUAUGUUAUACGGAAUUACGGAGUAUAUGACUAAUUACUUUUGCACAUAUAUCCUUGUGUCCCAUCUUUUUUGUCUAC